CUUGUUGUAACUGAACGACUUCAAUUUCAGAAAGCCAACCGAAGCGUAAUUUGCGAUUUUUAUGACCUGUAACUGAUUUGAAAUUUUUAUAAACUGUUUUCUUUACAAUGUUGCCUAUCAGAUCUUCAAUUAACUCUGAAAUGAUCUCUGGCGGUUUUUUGCCUGUUAUUAAACAGGACCGCUAAAUAAAAAGCCGGAUGCAGAACUGAGAAGGUAACAAACAAAUGUUCACUCAAAUUAUUCUUGUUACAAUAAGUGCGGCAUAAAUUUGUAAGGCAGGUUUCGAACAGACCAGCAAAGAUUAAACCUGCUUGAAUUGCUUUUGAGAAAAAAUUAUAUUUUCCAAGAUGAUACGGUAACCUGUGCCUCUGAAACUCCGAUGCGAUUGCAAUUGGCAUUUUCCGACCCGAUUUAAACGCAAAUUAUUUGGCGGGUGUUUUCCCGGCCCGCGCUCACUCUGGUUAAGUGUCCUGCUAAUUUUGUUCCGAAAAGCGAACGUCUCAGUCAGAAUUAAGCCUCUUUCCCAGCAGUCACUUGGUCAUUAUCAACCUGUCUCUAUGGCAACCUCUGUGACUUACAAGGUCAAGCUCAUUUUUCACGCGCGAGCAGCAGCGCCUGACGCGUUUCACAAAAUGGACGGGAAAAUUGUUGUCACGUCUCAUCCUCGAUACGGAUAUUUUUAUGAUAUCAAGACCAGUAAUAAACUUGUUCCUGUGAUUCCGGACCUUGGGGUCUCACGAAGAAGCGUCUUUGAUGAAGUGAAAACACCAGCAUACAAGAAACAACACAAUGUGUUCCGUGAUUAUACCAUCGGUCGCUCGUCCCCUGUGUGGUACGUGAGCAAUGCCGCCAUGAGAGCAGCAACAAAUGACCGCCUUCUACAGCUCUCUCAGCCCAAGAAGUUUCACUCGGAAUAUGAGCCUUGUCGGCCAGUUCAGACGUCUGUGUCUCGGGCGGCACAGAAGGCCGUCGCUUCACCUCGAGUUGAGACUCUUUGUACGCCGAAAACGAGGCUAAACAUUGAGGGACGUGAGUGGACAAUCAAGAAAGGUGCGCUUUCGUCACGGGCCUCACAGAGAGUGCAGGAACUGUCCCACGCGAAGGGUGUUCCUUUAGGGUUCACGCCGGACAAGAUCCAAGUAUGGGAAGUCUCGAAAGCCGCAUUGAAAGCCAAGCCAUCUAAGAGAAUUGACGAUCUGGCUUCACCGAUUAAAAGAGAAAUAGCCACGAACUUACCGAACCCUGAUGCAUUUGAGGUCAAGAAAGCCGCUCAAAAGGCGAAGUGUUCAGAUCGAGUUGCUGAAUUAGCACAGCCGAUCAUGAGAGGAUAGCAAAAAUGUCAACUUAAACAACACUUGGAGAAACUUCUUCCUUUUCAGAAUGUAUUUAUUCACUAAUUUAUUUAUUUUAUUUUAUUUAUCUCAGUAUUUAUUUUUCAACACUCUUCUCGCGUUGUUUUUCUGAACAUGACAAGCCUCCCUCUAAAUGAUUUUAUCCCGUUACUUUGAAUAAAUAAUAGUUUUAUGAUCAAUCGUCUACAAUGUUUUAAUCUUCUCUUUUCAAGGUUGUCCGUCCCUGAAACAAUCAGUUCUCCUUUUACAAUAGUAAUAGUAAUAAUAUUUAUUAAUGAAAGCUCUCUCACC